UGUGUUGUAGCUCGCCACACUAGCCUCACAGACCUGGCAUGUGCCACCUUGCAGCGCUGAUCCCUGGGAGGAGUGGUGCCUAUGGGGUGUGAGCUGCAGCCUGCACUGCACUAGGAGGAGGAGGAGAGAAGGAAGGAAGAAGUGAGGGAGGAGGAGGUGGGAUUGUGCGGGAUGCCAGAUGCUGCUGCCUUGUGUUGUUGAUCUGCUGCUGCUGCUGUGAUCCCUGGAUAUACUCGGGUGGCACCUCCAUGUAAACCCAUUACAAUGUGGCAGAUCCCCGAGCAGUGCUGCUGCCCUCUAGACCCGCUCCCGUCCCGACACUGAGGCAUCUUCUGCAGCACAAGCCUGGCACAGAUGGUGAGGAGCCUGAGGAGGAAGAACAGCUUUGAAAAUGAAUCAGUGAAAGGAAAAUAAAUUGUCUACGGACUCAGGAACUUACUGUGGCUGCUCGUAAUAUUCAGCAUGGACAACAAGGAAGAAAAGAAAGAGAGAAGACCAGGCUACUUUGCAAGGUUGAAAAAGCGAAAGUCUGUGAAGCAGAAUCCAGAGCUCACAGCCAGUAAUUCACAUGUUGACCCUCCACCCAGCAAAGACAGUAGUCUGAAGGUGAUUCUAGGACAAGCUCCUCAGAAAGCACUCAGUCUUGAAGAAGAAAAGAAAAAGAAAAAAGGUCAAGGGAAGCAGCUUUGUCGUAAUGAACAUAAAAGACACAGCACAGGGGAUAUACAAAAUAACAAAAAUGAGAAGAGAGAGAAAAAAAUGGUCACGAAAAAACCUCUGGGGACCAUUGAAUAUACAGCCUCUAACACAGACACCUUAAACUGCAUAGCACUGAGAUUCAAUGUUACUCCGAACAAACUGGUGGAACUGAACAGACUCUUCACACAAACCAUUGUGCCGGGACAGGUACUUUAUGUUCCAGUCUGUGAACCUCAUUCUAGUGUAAAAGAUGCAAAUACUGGCAUUCUAGCGUCUCCAUUGUCUUCAGAUGCAGAGUAUGAUAAACUACCAGAUGCAGACAUUGCAAGAAAAGCUACAAAACCCAUAGAAAGAGUUUUGUCAUCUACAUCUGAAGAGGAAGAACCCAUUGUCGUGAAGUUUUUGAAAAUGAACUGUAGAUACAUCACAGAUGGGAAGGGUGUUGUUGGUGGAGUCAUGAUAGUCACUCCCAACAAUGUCAUGUUUGAUCCCCAUAAAUCUGAUCCACUGGUUAUCGAGAAUGGCUGUGAAGAAUAUGGACUUAUUUGUCCCAUGGAAGAAGUAAUGUCUGUUGCACUUUAUAGUGACAUUUCACACAUGAAGAUUAAAGAUGCAUUGCCAUCCGAUAUACCCAAGGAUCUUUGUCCUUUGUACAGGCCUGGAGAAUGGGAAGAUCUUUCAUCUGAAAAAGACAUCAAUCCAUUCAGCAAGUUCAAAUCCCUCAACAAAGAAAAAAAGCAAAAUGGGGUUACAGGUGUAGACCCCAAAGAGCAGAAAAAGACUGCAGAAGUAGCUACUGAACAAAAGCUGGAUACAACACUAGAUAACCUAUCCAAUGUGCAUUUAAAUAUUGAUAAUACUGUCACAAAAGAAACUGAACAAAAAUCCACUGACAUUAUUUUGGAUUCUGAAACAAAAAAACCUUGUCAUUCUCUAGGAGAUGAGGACUUCAUAGAGUUAGUAGAUUCUUUAUCACUACACAAUGGUAAUGAUGUCUGUGAAGACUCAGAGGGACAUACAGUAACUCUUCUGGUCAAAGAUUCCAGGACUUCAAACUCUACUUCUCCUAGGGCAGAUCUGAAUUGCAAUGGGACAGUAGAAAUAACUUGUGAGACCCUAACCUCUGAUUUGCUAGCUAGAGUAAAUAUUGGUGAUAUGAGUAGUGAAAAAGAAAUUGAUGAAGCCAAAAACAUCGAAAUUUGCUUGAGUCCUACUGCAGUGAAUACUGAAUGUGUCACUGGUAGUGAUAAACCACGAGAAAAAGACUCCACUUGCAUCCAGCUAAAAUCUAAAGAGAAGAAUAAGGAACCCACCCUGGUAUCUUUAAAUAAUGAGAACGUGAAGCAGCAGUUAGGCCAUGCUCCUGAGGAAUCUCCUGAUUCUCUGUCCCCUUGCUCUACUGAAGAGAACAGCCAAAAAGAAGCCCAAAUGGACAGUGAAUCUGAACUAAAACUGUGGCUUUUGAAAAGAAUUCAGGGACCAAUAGAAGAUAUGUUGCCAUCUAAAGAAGAAAAAAGCAAGAUCCCUCCCAUGUUCUUAUGUAUCAAGGUGGGGAAACCUAUGAGGAAGUCCUUUGCCACCCAAACUGCAGCAAUGGUGCAACAGUAUGCAAGGAAGAGAAAACAGCCUGAAUACUGGUUUGCAGUUCCACAGGAGAGAGUGGAUCAUCUGUACACUUUUUUUGUUCAAUGGUCUCCUGAAGUUUAUGGAAAAGAUGCAAAAGAGCAAGGAUUCGUGGUGGUGGAGAAAGAUGAACUUGACAUGAUUGACAACUUCUUCAGUGAACCCUCUACUAAAAGCUGGGAGAUCAUCACCGUACAAGAGGCAAAACGUCGGAAAAGUAAUUGCAGUUAUGAUGAUGAGGAGGAAGAAGAGGCACAUGAGGAUUUUCUGCCUGAUUUGAAACAAAAAAGCGAUUUGCUGGAUGAUACACACAUUGAGAAGUUAGCCCACAGACUGCCUGCAAGGGUUCAAGGAUAUCCUUGGCAUCUGGUUUACAGUACACAACAGCAUGGAACUAGCCUAAAGACCUUGUACAGGAAUUUAUGUUCUCUGGACAGUCCAGUACUCUUGGUAGUCAAAGACAUGGACAACCAGGUAUUUGGGGCAUAUGCAACACACCCUUUCAGACUCAGUGAUCAUUAUUAUGGCACAGGGGAAACGUUCCUGUUCACCUUCAAUCCUGAUUUUAAGGCAUUUAAAUGGAGUGGAGAUAAUUCUUACUUCAUCAAUGGAGACACCACUUCCUUGCAGCUUGGUGGUGGAGGUGGUCGAUUUGGACUGUGGCUGGACUCUGAUCUAUAUCAUGGACACAGUAACCCCUGCAGCACUUUCAACAAUGAUAUCUUAUCCAAGAAAGAAGACUUCAUUGUGCAAGAUCUAGAAGUGUGGGCCUUUGAGUAAAGGGAUACUGGAGAAUAUAAGAUGUACAUUUCAGACAUUUCAGGGGAGCAGAUCCAGACAAGACGGGAAGUGGUCAAACACAUGGCCCAAUUAUGGGUGCACUGAAGAAUCUGCGUUUUUCCAUGAAUGCAAUACUGUUAUGGACACGUCAUAACUGCUUCACACUGUUGGUGCAGGACUAGACAUAGAACUUCAAAUUUGUUAAAGGAUUUUAUUAUUGAAGCUUUGUAUGAAAUGCUAAUAUCUAUGGCUUGAGCAUUCACAUGAUAAUAGAGGGAACACAAGACAAAAUGUCACAUUCAUACAGUAAGAUUAAGAGGCUGCGUAAUGAAGCAAAUAUUUAAGCAACGGCCUCAGUUAUGUAAGAUUAUAAGGGAACUGCGUUACUAUAUAUUGUCAAGUUUAUUUUCCGAAAACUACUGUUGACCACACAUUUCUAGACCUCCAUUCAGAGCACUUUUUCCAAGGAUUGUACUUCUAAAGUACAUAUUCACAUAUAUUUACACUACAGUGACCAAUCUAUGAUAUAGUACUAAAGUCGGUGGAUUAAGCCAAGCAGUGCUCCGCGCUAUGGAGCAUUGCUGCUCAACCAUCAUAGUCGGUGUGAACUGCUGUCUUGCUUAAUAGCAUAAGACCACAAUAUGGCGCAGAAAGCAUUGCCAUUUUUAUAUGUAUAUCUGGUUUUAGCUGAGCGAAUGUGGACAGAAAAGCUUCCUGUGAAAAAGAUUAUAUGGCAUUUGACUUUGUUGUUGCAGGGAUGAGUAUUGUAUUGAGGAACGCAGGUCGUUUCUGAAAGCUGCUUAUUUUAUUUUUGUAACUUUUAAUUUUAUCUCCUACAGAUUUUUAUUUGUUUUGCCUUGAAAUGCAAAGUUUUAGCUGAUCUAGUGUUUCAUCCACUCUAGUGCGGGUGGGUUGUGCUGUACUUGAUAUGAUUGUUAGUGUAAUUGCCUGCCACUUAUCAGAAAUGCUGGGAGAAUUCUUAUAAUAAAGUGGAUAUCCAGAA